GAGCCGCGGCUUCCGGAACCUCUGUAGGGCUUCUGGUUCUGUGGUGUCUUCGCUGGUUAUGGCCGCUGCCGUCGCUAUGGAGACAGAUGAUGCUGGAAAUCGAGUUCGGUUUCAGCUGGAGUUGGAAUUUGUGCAGUGUUUAGCCAAUCCAAAUUACCUUAAUUUUCUUGCCCAAAGAGGUUACUUCAAAGACAAAGCUUUUGUUAAUUAUCUUAAGUACUUGCUUUACUGGAAAGAACCAGAGUAUGCCAAGUAUCUAAAGUACCCUCAGUGUUUACACAUGUUAGAACUGCUCCAAUAUGAACACUUCCGAAAGGAGCUGGUGAAUGCUCAGUGUGCGAAAUUUAUUGACGAACAGCAAAUUCUACACUGGCAACACUAUUCCCGGAAGCGGAUGCGCCUUCAACAAGCUCUGGCAGAGCAGCAACAGCAAAAUAACACUUCAGGAAAAUGAAAAGCGGGAUACAGACCAGGCUCUUUAAGACAUAUAUAUAAUGUAUUUCUUUUGUACAGUGAAGACAAAAAAAAGACUUUUCCUACCUAACCUUAUUGUGGUAGCAUCUAGAACGUUUAGUGUGCUUCUUA